GGGCGGGCGGGAGGAAGGGGUGGAGGUGCGAGGGGAGGAGGGCUGGCACCGGAGCGCCGCGGUGUCGGUGCAAUAAAAAUGCAUCCCAUGGAACUGCCCAUGGAGAAGGACGGGACCGAGACGCAGCAGCAAGAGGACGUGGUAAAAGCGGAGGAGGACGCCCAGGAGGCGGUGGCGGCGGCGGCGGCGGAGGCGGCCGGGAAGUGAAAGGUCUCGCAAAGUUCAGCGGUUGCUGCGGACGCCGAGCCCCGGGCUAGCGGCGGAGGAGCCCGCAGGACCGCUCCGCGAGGCAGCGCGGCCAGGCGGGCUAUGGUGCCGGGGCUCCCGCCGCCCCCGAGGUGCCCGCGCCCCUCCAGGCCGGUGCGCGAGGGUCACGCCACCACCCGGCGCGGCCCCAGCCCGCAGCUCCCCGCCGCCGGCGCCCACUGACCGAGCCUGGCGCCCCAGGAGGAGGAAGAAAUAAAGAGCCCCGGUUCCUCCCGAGGACUGCUGGCGCUUCAUCCCGCAGCCGCGAGGGCUCGACUCCCUCCCGCACCCGCCCGGCCCGGGUCCUCCCGGCUCCUCCCGGCCAUGGGGAGCUGCGCGCGGCUGCUGCUGCUCUGGGGCUGCUCCGCGGUGGCCGCAGGACUGAGUGGAGUGGCUGGAGUGAGUUCCCGCUGUGAAAAAGCCUGUAACCCUCGCAUGGGAAAUUUGGCUUUAGGAAGAAAACUCUGGGCAGACACCACCUGUGGUCAGAACGCCACUGAACUGUACUGCUUCUAUAGCGAGAACACUGAUCUGACUUGUCAGCAGCCCAAAUGUGACAAAUGCAACGCUGCCCAGCCUCACCUGGCUCACCUGCCAGCUGCCAUGGCAGACUCAUCCUUCAGGUUUCCUCGCACGUGGUGGCAGUCUGCUGAGGAUGUGCACAGAGAAAAGAUCCAGUUAGACCUGGAAGCUGAAUUCUACUUCACUCAUCUGAUUAUGGUGUUCAAGUCCCCCAGGCCGGCAGCCAUGGUGCUGGACCGGUCCCAGGACUUUGGGAAGACAUGGAAGCCUUACAAGUACUUUGCAACUAACUGCUCGGCUACAUUUGGCCUGGAAGAUGAUAUUGUCAAGAAGGGAGCUAUUUGCACUUCUAGAUACUCCAAUCCUUUCCCGUGCACUGGAGGAGAGGUUAUUUUCAGAGCUUUGUCACCACCGUAUGAUGUGGAGAACCCUUACAGUGCCAAACUGCAGGAGCAGCUAAAGAUCACCAACCUCCGUGUGCAGCUGCUAAAACGACAGUCUUGUCCCUGUCAGAGAAACAACCUGAAUGCAAAGCCUCAACAUUUUACGCACUAUGCAAUCUAUGAUUUCAUUGUCAAGGGCAGCUGCUUCUGUAAUGGCCACGCUGAUCAGUGUAUACCUGUUGAUGGCUUCAGACCUGUCAAGGCCCCUGGAGCAUUCCACGUGGUCCAUGGAAAGUGUAUGUGUAAGCACAACACAGCAGGCACCCACUGCCAACAUUGUGCACCUUUAUACAAUGACCGCCCCUGGGAGGCAGCUGAUGGCAAAACAGGGUCUCCAAAAGAGUGCAGAACCUGCAAGUGCAAUGGACAUGCUGAUGCCUGUCACUUUGACAUUAAUGUGUGGGAGGCAUCAGGGAAUCAUAGUGGUGGCGUCUGCAAUGACUGUCAGCACAACACAGAAGGUCAGCAUUGCCAACGAUGUAAGCCAGGCUUCUACCGGGACCUCCGAAGACCUUUCUCUGCCCCAGAUGCUUGCAAAUAUUUACUUUCUGUAGGUAAAUGUGAGUGUAAGGAACAGGUGUUAAGAAACUCCAAGGCAUUCUGUGGAAUGAAAUAUUCAUACGUGCUAAAAAUAAAGAUUUUAUCAGCUCAUGAUAAAGGAUCUCAUGCUGAGGUCAAUGUGAAGAUUAAAAAAGUCUUAAAAUCCACCAAAUUGAAAAUUUUACGAGGAAAACGAACAUUAUAUCCAGAAUCAUGGACUAACAGAGGCUGCACUUGUCCAAUCCUCAACCCUGGUUUGGAGUACCUUGUAGCAGGACAUGAGGAUGUAAGAACAGGCAAACUAGUUGUGAAUAUGAAAAGUUUUGUCCAGCACUGGAAACCAUCUCUUGGAAGAAAAGUCAUGGAUAUUUUGAAAAGAGAGUGCAAGUAACAGAAAAGGUGUAUAGCACAUAAUGGCAAUUCUCUAUGUACAAAACACAAACAUAAUGGAAAGGAGACCUCAAAGAUGAAACUGGAAUUUUUUUUUAGUGCCAAAAUAUAUAGAAAUGUUCCAAUGCAUGGCCCUUGUCUACCCCAUCUCUUUUGGGCCCAUGUUUAAAUACAGUUUGUUUCAUAAAGUGGAAUGAAAAAAUCCAAUACCGAUACCUAUUUUCUAUGGGACUGAUUCUGAAAUUCAUAACUAUUAAGAAUAUUUUAAUAGCAGUAAGAUAUUUAGCAGUAAUCCAUUAAGGGCAAUGCACCUAACAAGGACUCCUCCCAUCUUCAGAUAUGUUACUUACAUUUGUGCUACUUGAAGUAAUUAAUGAGAUUUUAAGGAAUCCCCAACCCUAGUAUCAGAAAAGGUGUUUCUUUAAAAGAGCCUUCUCUUGCGUGAUGUGUGUGAACUUUGGUCUGUGGGGUGUUAAAUGGAACCUCUCCACAUGUAUAUAGUAUUUCAUUGUAUAAAGCACUUUACUACCUAUCACUUGUGUUGUGAAAGUUUGGAGACUGCCGUUGACAGAAAAAAAGAAAAAAGAAAAGGGCAUGUAAGAAAACCUGCUGAAACAGAAGCACUAUCGCUACGCGCGGAAAAAAAGUGACCACAAAAUGGAAGUUGUACUCUUUAAACUUGAAUACUUGAGAGUAACUAUGUGAAGAUGCAACCUGAAAGGAGAAUAUGUUUGCAUGAAGUCUCAGCUUUGGGAUAGAGGUUAGAUUCCACAGAUACCGGCCAUGAUGAAACUUUUAAAAAAACUGAACAAGAAGAGACUCUAAAAUAAGAGAAAGGAGUCAUAAGUGUAGAAAAUGCUUGGAUAAAGAGGAAAUGGACUUUAAAUUUUAAAAAGCCCAUUUAUUUGCAAUGCACUUGUAUACACUUCACAAAUUAUUGUAGACACAAUUUGUUUUGUUUUUGUGUUUAGUAUUUAAACCUGAAUAUGGAAACAGUUUCCUCCUUGUCUUUAUUAGCAGUAUAUGGUCAUUCUAUUCACUCAUUUUUUGACUCAAUGUAUGUGAUAGUUCACCAAAUUACAGUUUUUCAUUAUUAUUUCUCUUCUGUACUCAUGCAUAACCACUAUACAUAUCGUUUCUUCUGUACUUGAAUAUAUAAAACGUGAACCACAGUGCCAUAAGAUUAACUUCACAUACAGAACAUAUUUUUCCUGAGGUCCUGUGGACUUGCAAAAUAUAUAUAUAUAUUGCUCUGUUAAUUUUUUAUAUUUCAUAUAUGUAAUAAAGGAAUAUGAUCUCCUGA